AUGGCGUUAUACGAUCCCGAGGCUGCGGGAAACGCCGCCCAGUACCUCCGACUCAAGCCCGAGGAACUUCUCGAGAUCCGUAAUGCUCCUUUUAUCGGCCGAGAUGCCGUCUGGGUUCCUAACAAAGAGCUUGGAUAUGUCAAAGGUGUCGUCCAAGGCCCUGGUGAUAAACCCGGAACGAAAAAGGUGCAGUAUGGAAAGGAAAACAAGGUGAAGGACUUUCCUGAAGAGCAAGUCGAGCCGCAAAAUCCGCCAAAGUAUGAGCUCCUCGAAGAUAUGGCUAACAUGACUUAUCUCUCCGAGGCUACUGUCAUCAACAACCUGAACACUCGAUAUGAGAGAUUCAUGAUUUACACCUACUCAGGUUUGUUCUGUGUCACCGUCAAUCCGUACAAAUGGCUUCCCGUCUACGACAAUCAUGUGGUCGGCUGCUACAAGGGCAAGCGACGAGAUGAGAUGCCCCCUCAUGUCUUCUCUGUCUCCGACAACGCUUACAACAACAUGAUCAUGAAUCGCCACAACCAAUCGAUGCUCAUCACAGGCGAGUCUGGAGCCGGCAAAACCGUCAACACCAAACGAGUCAUCCAGUACUUCGCGAUCGUCGCCGCCCUUGGCGCUGACAAAGACGCACCUUCUGAUUCCGGAAAGAAGGGAACUCUAGAAGAUCAGAUCGUCGCCGCCAAUCCUGCGAUGGAAGCCUUCGAUGCCAUGGACCAGAAAAAAGCCGGAAAAGGUGGAAAACGGCAGAAAGGUGGUUCGUUCCAGACUGUUUCUGCUCUUCAUCGAGAAUCUCUCAACCGGCUGAUUACAAAUUUGAAAUCGACUGAGCCUCACUUUGUACGCUGCAUCAUCCCGAACGAGAUCAAAAAGCCUGGCUACAUGGAUAACAACUUGGUCCUCCAUCAGCUGCGAUGUAACGGUGUGUUGGAAGGCAUUCGAAUCUGUCGAAAGGGCUUUCCUUCGCGAGUUGUCUACAAUGAGUUUCUUCAGCGAUACAAGAUUCUCAACCCAAGCGUGGUUACUGAGGAUGAGCUUGAUUCCAAGAAAAUUUCUUCAAAGCUGAUGAAAGACUUACCGAUUUCCGUCGACAACUACAAGUUCGGCCACACCAAACUCUUCUUCAAAGCUGGUAUCAUCGGUCAGUUGGAAGACUUGCGAGACGAUCGAGUUGCUGCCAUCCUUACAUCGAUUCAAACCGAGAUGCGAUACAGACUGGCGCUCAAGACCUACCAGAAAAUGGUGGAACGACGCGAUGCGUUGGAUACAAUCCAGUCGAACAUUCGCGCGUUCAUGUAUCUCAAAGACUGGGAGUGGAUGAAGAUCAUCUUCAAGAUCAAACCACUCAUUUCUCAGGCCGAGGAUCAAAAAGCCCUCCAAAACCUCGAAAAAGAAUUCGACGAGGUCAAGGCAAAGCUCGAAAAAGAAAAGAAGCGACGAGUCGAGCUCGAAGAACUUGAAAUCAAAGUUCGCCAAGAGAAAAAUGACCUGGAAGAUCGACUCAAGGGGCAAAAUGAACUUUUGAACGAAGCCGAAGAGCGAUGCGAAGCGCUAAUCGAGCAAAAGAUUGAGAUCGAUGGCCGUCUUCGGGAACUGCAGGAGCGACUUGAGGAUGAAGAAGAAAUGAACAAUGAAAUGGUCGCGAAAAAGCGAAAACUCGAAGAUGAGACUUCCGAGUUGAAAAAAGACAUUGAUGAAAUCGAAGUCGCCCUGGCAAAGAUCGAGAAAGAAAAACAUGCGACCGAGAAUAAACUGAAAAAUCUCCAGGAAGAACAGCAACUUCUUGAUGAAAAAAUUCUCGGUUAUCAAAAAGAGAUCAAGGGUAUUUCAGAAGCGGCAAAGGCAGCCUUGGCAGACUUGCAAGUUGAGGAAGAGAAAGUCACUUCUAUGACGAGAAUGAAAGCGAAGCUCGAGGCCCAAGUCGACGAUCUAGAAAUCACACUCGAUAACGAGAAGAAGACGCGUCAAGACAUGGAGCGAGCAAAGAGAAAGCUCGAAGGUGACAUUCGAUUGGCUCAAGAAAACAUCAUGGAUCUAGAAACCGACAAGCAAGGUCACGAGGAAGCGCUCAAAAAGGCCGAAUUCGACAUCAGCCAGAACAACAUGAAAUUCGAAGACGAGCAAAACAACUCAUCAAGCUUGCAGAAGAAAAUCAAAGAGCUCCAAGGGCGCGUUGAGGAAAUCGAAGAAGAGCUAGAAUCCGAGCGAAAUGGGCGAGCACGCUCUGAGAAAACCAAGAACGAUCUGUCUCGCGAACUUGAGGAGCUUUCUGAAAGACUCGAAGAAGCUGGCGGAGCGACUCAAGCACAAGCGGAGCUCAACAAGCGCCGCGACGCAGAAGUCAUCAAGGCCCGAAGAGCCAUUGAAGAGCAAAACCUGGGCCACGAAACGGCGAUGAAUCUGCUGCGAAAGAAACAGGGCGAUCAGAGCGUAUCACUCAAUGAAACUGCCGAGGGUCUUGUCCGAACAAAACAAAAGCUUGAAAAGGAAAAGUCUGAAAUGCGAACGGAAAUUGAUGACAUGCAAAGCAAUGUCGAGCAGUUGACCAAGUCCAAGUUAAACUUUGAGAGGCAGAUUCGAUCCUACGAGGAAAACAAGAGUGACGUCGGUACAAAGUACGAAGCCAACAAGCGAAUCUUGUCCGAACUCGCCAUUGAGAAAACCAAGCGAGACAAGGAGGUUGCUGAUUUGAAGCGGCGAAUUGAAGAACUCGACGCGAACAACAGCCAGAUUCUCCGAUCCAAGUCUAACAGCCAACAGCAACUUGAUGAUCUCAAGCGAAAUUUGGACGAAGAGCAAAAGGCGAAGGCCGCUCUUGCCCAAGAGCUUGCCAACCAGAAGAGAGAUAAUGACAUGCUCCGAGAACAGAUCGAAGACGAGCAAGAAGGAAAAUCUGAAGUUGGCCGAACUCUUGGAAAAUCCAACAACGAAGUCAAUGUCUGGCGAAACAAGUACGAGGUUGACGCGAUUCAGCGAACGGAAGAACUGGAAGAGGCGAAGAAAAAACUCGUUGGAAAGGUUCAAACUUCUGAGGAACAUUUGGAAACGAUCCAGGCGAAGGCCGCUUCUCUCGAAAAGACAAAGAUCCGACUUUUGGGAGAGGUAGAAGACCUGACUGCUGAAUUAGAGCGAGCUCAGGCGCACGCGGCUAAUUUGGACAAAAAGCAACGUAACUUUGAUAAACUUCUCGCCGAACACAAGUGCAAGAUUGAAGAGCUUACUGUGGACCUAGCUGCUGCGCAAAAAGAACUGCGAGAAAACGACGGUGAAUUAUUCACGCUGAAGAACGCCACCGACGAGGCACUUGAUCAACUUGAAUCUGCUCGACGAGAGAAAAAGAUUCUCGAGGAAGAAGUCGCCGACGCUCAAGAUCAACUCCACGAAGCUCAAAAGGUCAUUCACGAGCUUGAAAAGUCCAAACGAGCCAGCGACUCUCGUCGAACAACUCUCCAGACUCAAAUUGAAGAGUGCGAGGCUCAAAUUGAAGCGGAAGAAAACAAAGUUAUCCGGCUGCAAGUAGAACUCAACCAGCGCAAACAAGAACUCGAUCGAAAAUGUGCCGAAAAAGACGAAGAAGCUGACAAUGUACGCCGCAAUGGUCAAAGAACCAUCGAAACUCUUCAGGCGCAGCUUGAUUCUGAGAUCAAAGCUCGAGGCGAAGCCGUUCGCCAGCGAAAGAAAAUGGAAACUGACUACUCCGAUCUGGAAAUUCAGCAGAAAAAUGCCGCGCGACAAGCCGACGAGGCUCAUCGAAACAUCAAAACACUCCAGCAAGACCUCAAAGAAAAACUCAACAAGCUUGAUGAUGUCUCCCGAGCGCAAGAAGAUCUGACUGAAAACUUGGCCGUCAGCGAGCGGCGCAUCCAGCUUCAAUCUGCCGAGAUCGACGAGUUGAGAGCCGUGGUUGAGCAAGCUGAGCGAACUCGAAAACAAGCGGAGUCUGAACUUCUUGAGACCAGCGAGCGAGCUUCCAUGCUUCACGUUCAAAACACCGCCCUUAUCAACCAGAAAAAGAAGGUCGAGCAGAGUCUUGACGUCUUGCGAACUGAGGCUGAGGAAACUAUGACCGCUGCAAUCGAAACUGAGGAUAAGGCGAAGCAGGCGCUAACCGAGGCAGCUAUCAUGGCCGAAGAACUCCGAAAAGAACAAGAUCAGGUCAACCAUCUCCAUCGAAUGAAAAAGAACAUGGAAACACAAGUCAAGGAGCUGCAGCACCGACUUGAUGAAGCUGAGCAGGUUAUGCUCAAGGGCGGAAAACGACUGGUCAAGAAGAUGGAAAGCAAGGUCUCCGAACUUGAGUCGGAGCUUGAAACCGAAACAAAGAAAAACGCCGAGGUUAUCAAAGCCCAGCGCAAGAUCGACCGACGACUCAAAGAAGUAAUUUACCAAGCUGAAGAAGACAAAAAGUCCGUCAACCGACUCCAGGAUCUCGUCGACAAGCUCACUGCUAAGUCCAAGAACUACAAGGUCCAAGCCGAAGAAGCCGAAGAAAAUGCCUCGAUCAACCUCGGACGAUACCGAAAGAUCCAGCACGAGGUUGAUGAAGCUCGAGAGCGAGCCGAGAUUGCUGAGAAUAAUCUCAACAAGAUUCGACUUCAGCACACUUCUAAAUAA